CUGCGACAUUUCAACUGUUUCCCCUUUGACUUUGGUGUGCUGCAGCAACACAGGAAGAUGGUCUCUCAGGGGAUUCAGAUCACCGCUAUGAUCAUUGCUACGAUCGGCUGGCUGUUGGACAUAGUGGUGUGUGGCUUACCGAUGUGGAAGGUGUCUGCUUUUGUAGGAGCCAACAUCAUCACUGCUCAGACCAUCUGGCAGGGCAUGUGGAUGAACUGUGUGGUGCAAAGUACGGGUCAGAUGCAGUGCAAGGUGUAUGACUCCUUGCUGGCGCUGUCUCAGGAUCUGCAGGCGGGUCGUGCCAUGAUCGUCAUUUCCAUCUUGCUGGGGAUCUGUGGUUUGUUUUUGGCCAUCGCUGGUGGAAAGUGCACCAACUGCAUUGAGGAUGAGCGAUCUAAGUCAAAGGUCUGCAUUGUGUCCGGGGUUUUUUUUAUCCUCUCCGGGGUGCUCUGCCUCAUUCCGGUGUCCUGGUCCGCCAACACCAUCAUUAACAACUUCUACAACACAAUGCUUUUGAACAGCCAGAGAUAUGAGUUAGGUGCAGCGCUCUACAUCGGCUGGGCAGCUUCUGCCCUGCUUAUGAUAGGAGGGGGGCUGCUGUGCUGGAACUGUCCUCCCAAAGAUGAAGACCUUCCCUAUGUAACCAAAUCCAGAUUCACUCCUGUGAAGACAGCCUCAACAUCCAGAGAAUAUGUGUAAAUGUUUCUUUUUAGCAUGGACUAAUAAGUAUAAGACAGCUCACAACUGUCAUAUUGAUUGGAUGAGAGAAGCCAAAAAAGGCCAUAAAGAGGACUUCUCAGCCUUUAACAUCCUAAAAAGGAAGGUUGAUUAGAAUUUAUGCAUUUUUAAUAGCCAAGCUCACAAAAAUGUCCACUCUGAGUUGGCUUUUAUGACAUUUAUUCUUAAGAUUGUAUGUUGUGAUAAUUCAAGAAAUUGUCUCUUUUGAGUAUUGGUUGAAAAACAGAUUUUAAAACUUUAUUUAAUUUCAUUGUGAUUAUCAUGGUUUUUGAUAUAUCAAAAAAUGUAGGUAUCGCUAAGAAAAAUUGUUGAAAUUUAAAAAAAAGAAAGAAGCAAGUCUAACAAAAACAUGUCUGAAUAUACAAAUGUUUUAUCUUGUAAAAUAGUUUGCCAUAAUAUGAGCAUGCUUUGCAUUUUCAAAGCAUAUGAAUCCUUCAAAAUUUGACUUUGGUCAUUUAGCUUUUAUUCUUAAUCAUAUAUAUCUGUUGUUGAAAGAGCAGAGAUUAGCAUAAUAGUAAAAUGUGCUAUACAGUUAUUUUCUGGUUGAAAAUGUUUGUCUCAAAAUCUUCUUCAUGUAAACGUUGGUGGCUUUUAACACUUUUCCUAUUUUUAAACAUCAAUAUGAAUUUAUUAUUGUUCUUUGAACAUUUGUAAAGGUGUUAAAGAGAGUUAUAUCUAAUAAGACUCUUGGGAUUUUACAUUGCUGUGCUGUAAAAAAAUGAAUAAAAGUAAAGUAGCAUUAGAUUGUUUUCGUAAUAUUUUUUAGGUAAGUAAGAGCAGUAUCAUGUGACACAGGUGUGUCUCCAUAGUUCUGUUUAUAGAAAGGUUUCUGUCAUGUGCUGUUGUGGGGCAGGAUCUGUUUAUGCUUUCUGGAAAGCAAUUGCUUUCGAUUCAGAGGGAAUAGAUCACUUUCAUAUUCAGAGUUUGUUUUCCAGCGUUGAGGGGCCACCCCUUAGACUUCCAGGAUACCAGCAAAUUCACUGUCUUUAUAAUUUUUUUUACUUAAAGCAGCAACCCUAAACAUCUUUUAAAUCUCGGUUUUCCAAAGUUAUUAACUGUAUCACAGACUUAUUUAAAAGUUUUUUUUUCUUCACAUCUACGCUUAACUUAGUGCCUCAGUAAAAUUUGUUUGUUCUCCAGUGUAUUUUUUUAUCCAAUAAAUAUUUUUUGUAGUUUGCGCAGACUGGCAUUAUAAAUUAAACUCUUGUUAAAACAA